AAUGAAAUACUCAUUCGUCCCAGACAAACCGUUUCGUAAAAACGGACAGUGCUAAUCGAUUUUCCCGUUAAAUUAAAAAUAAACGUAUCUACAGUUGGAUAAAACAUAUAAAUAGAUCAUAUUUCAGAACUCAUCGUCCAAAAUUGUUAUACUGGGACUAGAAUCCCGAGCGAAGUAAUUACGAGAACUUAUGUAAAUAUUUGGUUUAUUUUAUCGUUCCUUUCAACUUUCAAUUGUAAAUCAGUAAGUACAUAUAGUUACUCUGUCAUGAUAAAGAAAAUGACAUCGCAUAGUACUCACUGGACGUUCAAUCAAUCGGUUGUAUACAAAAAUACCACGAUGACUUACUGAAGAACAUUCAAUUCUAGUGUAGUUUAAGUUACUUUAAAAUGGAUAGAAAAGAAAAAAUUCUAACCGAAGAGGAUGUAGUGGAUUGCUGCCCUGCCAGAAGGACACUAUGGUUCAUGGUGUUCUUCGGUUUUAUGAUCAAUUAUAAUCUACGUCUGAAUAUGAACAUAGCCAUUGUAUCAAUGGUGGAAAAUAGACCGAAGAGUAAUAUUUCAUUGACGAGUGAGUGCAUUGUGAAUGAACCAGUAUUCAAUGCAUCCAAUAUCCAUAACAAUUAUUCCAAUAGUUGGAACUCAACGGUGAAUGUGUAUCACAAUAAAUCGAAGAUACACGAUUAUUCUAGUCAUGUGACUCCAAAAGUGCCCACAUUAUCCCCAACUUAUCCAUGGAAUGAAAAAGAACAGGGAAUUCUACUGGGGGCAUUCUUUUGGUUACAUUGGUUGACGCAGGUACCAGGAGGUAUCCUAGCUGCCAAGUAUGGGACAAAGCUGGUGUUCGGCCUAUCCAAUUUCAUAGGCGUAUUGCUGGCUCUUCUCAUUCCAACAGCAGCCUCGUUUGGAUAUCGCUAUUUAUUAUUACUGAGAGUGAUUCAAGGAAUAUGUACGGGGUUCGCAUGGCCAUCUAUGCAUAAUAUGACUGCGAAGUGGAUACCACCAAACCAAAGAAGUAAAUUCAUCACAGCUUAUUUAGGUAGUUCGGUAGGAGCAGGAUUGACCUACAUCUUAUGUGGAUUUCUUAUGGAUACCCUUGGCUGGGAAGCUGUGUUUUAUUUUACUGGUACUGUUGGAAGUAUAUGGUAUCUUGCUUGGUUAUUUUUGGUAUAUGAUAGCCCAGCUCAGCACCCUAGAAUAUCUGAAGCUGAAAGAAAAUUUAUUGAAGACAGCCUAGGCAAAACAGUGACGAAGAACAGGGCUCCAAUCCCUUGGCGUUCUAUCCUCACUUCAGUGCCUGUUUGGAUGAACUGUCUCGGUCACGUUGGGGGCCUUUGGGGUUUGUUCAUGCUUCUAUCGAACGCACCAAUCUACUUUAGAUUCAUCCAUGGAUGGAAGCUCACAUCUACUGGCAUUUUAUCUGGAGUUCCACAGUUCUUCAGAAUGCUUUCCUCAAUGGUAAUAUCUCGUGUUGGAGAUUAUAUACUCAAGAAUCAGUUGAUGAGCAGGACGAAUGUUAGGAAGUUGGCAACAGCAAUUUCAACUGUGGGCCAAGGUUUCUGCAUGAUCGCCAUAGCAUAUUCAGGUUGCAACAGUAUGAUCGCAUUUAUUUUCGUAGGAGCAUCUGCUGCGUGCCAUGGUGCUGUAUCCACUGGAGUAUUAGCAAGCAUUGUUGAUAAUAGUCCGAAUUAUGCAAGUAUCGUAUUAGGCAUAGCAAAUUCCCUGGUCUGCUUCAAUGGCUUUGCUACUCCUGCACUCGUUGGAUACUUCACAAACAACAACCAAACCAUAUACCAAUGGCAGAAAAUUUAUCUGAUCUCAGCUACAAUACUCAUGGUUACUGGAGUGCUCUAUACAAUUUUCUCCUCGUCCAAGUUGAUGGCGUGGAAUGACGAGCACUGUAACGAAUUAAAAGAAGCUGUCGAAUUGAGAUACGUUGAGGAUUCAAAAACAGAAACAUGUAAUGACGGAGAAGAAGAAAAAAUGUUGAAGAAUAAUUAUAGGGAAGAGAGGAAAAGUUGAAGGUUUCGAUGAAAGUCAAAUGUAAAAAUUAGGUAGAAGAUUAUUGAAAUAAAUUUGUGAAUAUAG